UUUAGCUUUGCUUAGAAACAGAGAGUGGGAAGAGGAGAUGAAGUCAACUUCAAAGCUUCGAAACAUUUGGAACCAUCCUGCUGGACCUAAAACAAUUCAUUUUUGGGCUCCAACUUUUAAGUGGGGGAUCAAUAUUGCAAACAUGGUUGAAUCCACAAAGCCUCCUGAAAAGCUCUCCUAUCCUCAGCAGUCAGCUCUUGCAUGCAGUGCGAUUAUCUGGUCAAAAUUUAGCACUGUGGUGACACCGAAAAAUUGGAAUCUUUUCAGUGUAAGCAUUGUGAUGGCUGCAACUUCCAUGUACCAAUUGGCACGUAAAAUAGAGUAUGAUUUCUUCUCCAGUCAUUACAAAGCAGCACCAAUUGCAAAGGAUUGUUAAAGGAAGCCUUCAUGCAUUUCAUUUGCCAUAUAUAAAACACACCGUCGAUAGAAUCAAUACCAUGUAAUUAUAAAAUAAAGGUUAUAAAAUAUGCAGAAUUGUAGAAUAAAUAAGUAAUUGCGAUAGAAUUCGAUUCUGAUGAGACUAGAACUCCACUGUGAAUGAUCCACGAGAUAAUAAAAGUAGACUGUUAAUUCACCACAUUGGCAAGUCACUC